AUGUGUGAUGAUGAUGAUGCUGAUGAGGAAGAGGAGUAUUCCUCGUGUGAUUCAAACUCAUUAUCUUAUAAUCUCAUCAGAGUGGCCCUUCGUCGUGUGGCACUCUUCUUAAAUCUCCAUUAA